ACCCUUUUCAAUGUCAGUACGAAGAAGCACAUGUAGCUUGAGCUGAAGACACAUAUCUCUGUGAAGGAGGAAUCAUCCACCUCCCCACAGUAAAGACCUGGGGAUUUCCCAUCCUGCCACUGAACAGAAGUACCUGUCACAUAAAGGAUUAUUCAUUAACGAUUGUGUAUUUUGUCUCCAACAACACUUAGAUGUUUUCCUUUUUCCUCUGCCAAGAAAAGUAUUGGUUCAUUGAGACUCUGUGAAAGUAAGGAUCAGGUCCAUAAACAUCAAUCAUUUUUGCAACCUUGUGAUUUUAUUUGAUAUAUUACAGAUUUAGAUUCUUCUUCACACAGUUUCUCAUCACUUGUUCCUCGUACAGAUUUACUCACAGUGAGUGACAUGUGGUAAAUAUAAAAUCAGGUGACCAGCAGCAGGUUUGUGUUCAUCCAGUUGUUUAAACAGUGUCUAACAUUCCACUAUCCUCUUUGUAACGUUUUGUAAAAAUCACAGCGUAAUUGUUGUGUUUACUUUCUGCUUCGUCUCAUAACGAUAACACAUCUCAACUGAUGUUGUUUUAACAAACACAACAUGAUCACUUAGCAACACAACUAUUUGUCAGGUAAGCUAAAAGGAAAGUCAUUCUCGUGGAGGUGAAAACAGUCCAACAGAUGACAUUAGAAAUCAGAAAGUGAACUUCCCUGUUCAGACUGGUUUCCCUUAGUUGGUCUCUGCUUGGUGAACUGAACUCAGUCUCAUCUGAUCCUUGUCUUCAUGCACUGUUUGGACGUGUGGGUCCACAUGUGAUGAGAAAGUGUUCAGAUCUUUUACUGAGGCAGUGGACUCAAUAAAGUCAGUCCGUCCUUCCAUUCUAUUCUCUGUCCAUCCAUCCGUCUACUACAAUAAACGUUUAAUAACAUUCAGCAUCCUAAAGAAAUAUAGAAGUAUUAUCAAUUACUUGAAGUAUCAUUAGCAAAAGACUCAGUACAGUUACUCAGCUGCUCUGUGUAGUGUCAACUUCGACACUGUUUAAUUGAUAAUACAAAUGCAUUUUGCCAUUGAAGUAUAGCUAAUUCUAAAUAUCCCCUAUGGUUUCCCAUGAUGCCACUUUACAGAACAAACAGGACAGAUUCCUUUGUGAAUGAUGAUGAAUGAUGUCCUCUCACUAACAAACUCAGCUGCGCUCAAUCUGCUGGAGUUUCCAUACACACCCUCAAAGAAACAUAACAAAUGAAAGUGGCUUUAUUCAGUAACUCACUGAUCUAUUUCAUUAGAAUAAAGGGCUUUAGUUUCUAAUCAAUAUUUCCAGUAAAAAUGUCUCUCCCGCUGAGGGAGGGUUGAAUUUCAAGAGCAACAUCAGCUCACCUAGAAUUAAUAUAUCAUCAUCUCACCAACAACACGUUUGUUGUUUUACAUAGUAACUAAUAUCCCAGUCACUUUUAACUUCCUUUACCCGCCACUUUGCUCCGAGUCAUCCUGAUUGUGUCAUUCCCGUACACUCACACCGAGCUGUCGUAAAUAAAGCUUGGUCACAUAGCAACACAAUUAUUUGGCAGAUAAGCUAAAGGGCAGGACAUUCUUGUGGAGAUAGAAAAUCAAAUGCACGACAGCAGAACAACAGAAAACAGAAUCAUGAAAUCCCCUCUUCAGUUUUGUCGGACUGGUUUCACUUCAUUGCUCUUGCUUCAGUGUCAUUGGAUCCUUAUGUACAUCCACUGUUUAGAUUCAAACUGAACUGACCCUUUUACCAGAGCCACAAUAUAUAAAGAAAUAAGUAAACAUUCAACCAUCCUGAUGUAGUAUUAAUGCAGAGGUCAUAUCAUCAAGAUCUACGCAAAAAUACAUCAUAUACAACAUUUUGGAUUGAUGAUAAUAAUACACCAAUGUGAAAGCAGCGUUUUACUGUUGUUGCUGUUUGAAUUGGGAAUUAAAUCCAUUGGUUCUGAAUCUUUUGGAGUCGCGACCCACCCAGUAGAACCAGGCCAGGCACCCAACUGUUUUGUGAGUGUAUUUCAUGAAGGACAGGGUGCAUUCUGCAAUUGUACUCCCCUCUGACCGGGGACCAUGUUGUUUGAAUUUGAGCAGGAUUCACAACAGUGAAAAUGUGUUUGUUCCCUUAUCGUCCUGUGGGGAGAGCACCCCACAGCCCACAUCUAGCCUUCUAACUCUCUUGCCAUGUAUGUGGGUGUGUGCUUGUGUGUGCUUGUGUGUGUUUGUGUGUGUGUGUGCUUGUUUGUGCAUGUGUGCUUGAUAGAAAUAAGGUGGGAGAGAGUUGGUGACAUUUACAGUAUCCAGGAGCACAGGCUAGUUGGUUGGGGAUGCCCCCACCAUGCGUGGAUUGUGAAACCAGAACCAGUAAAACGAAAAAGGAAAUUGACCCUCUCACUCUCUCUCUCGUCUCUCGUCUCUCUGUCUGUCUCACACAGGCAUUCUUCUAAACCAAAUAUCAACUUUCGCUACUGUUUUCAGAGCAAGCUUUCAUUUUCCAAACAGCAUCUUCACUCCAUCAAUCGUUAAAAAGCAAAAGUCUUAUCUCUCUUCGGUAAAAGUCGGAGAAAACAUUUUUUUGGCCAAAUUAUACGAAACUAAAUGUUGGUUUUGUGAAUCAAUCAAAUGAUUCACACAGGUCUGUGGUGCUGCUCAGCUUCAUCCGGCCUGCAAUGCACUUUGUUGUCCACAUGUUGAGCCACCUACGCUGCAGCCGCCUCCCUCCUCUCUAUAACCACACAGAUCAAAUCCUCUCAUCUUCACUGUGAGCCCAAGAGAAAGGGAAAACCCUGUCAACCUGACCUGUCUCUCAGAGAGAUGCAGCAGAUGAAUCUGGACUCUGAGGGUGCAACACACAGCGGGAUGGAGGGUCACUCGAGGUCCUCUCACAAGUACCUGCUGCUCCAGGUGUGGUGUGGUCUCCUCACGGUGGCUGUGGUGGUCAUGGCCGUGUUUCUGUCGUCGAUCAAAUCAAAGUCCCCCGAGGACACAGUCUCGACAUUGAAGCCAGACAACGUCAUUCCGACAGUCAACACUUCACCUUUGAAGUCAGACGGAUCUUCUCCCUCAUUCAUCCAGCUGAUCAAGACUCUGAAAAAUUCUUGGGAGGAAUCCCCUGGAUGUGUGUCCUGCUCUCUCGUCCUGAGCAACGGCUCCAUCCACUUCAAGAAAACCAGCCUCUAUCUCAUCUACGCCCAGGUCAACUUCAGCGAGCGCAAAAACAAAACUCAGGCCCAGUCUGUGAUUUUGAGAAGAGAGGCCACGUUCGGUAAGAACAUGAGGAAACUGGUUGAGGGAACCUUCCCCAGUACGACAGAGGGUUCUGUGUGGGUGGCCAAGAUUGUCAAUCUCAAGGAGGGAGACAUAGUGAGCUUAGACAUCCCAGAUAAUCAUAGACUAGAGGGCACAUUCUGGGGAGCUUAUCAACUCCUUUAGCACUGCAGGUCUCUUGAGUCUGCUUCUAUACAAGAGGAAAUAUUCUUCCUUGGACUGGUAUGAUGAUCGUAGGCCUAUACCAGCAUUUAUCAACAGGAGUGGAUCAUCACCUGGAUUUUUAUUUAGUUACUUUGUUAUUUAACUUUGAUAAUUUUAUACCAGAAAAUAUGCAAAAUCACAGAAUUCUGUCAUGUUCAACAAUAUGUGAAUCUUAUUUUUACAGGGAAGUUACGCCUUUUAAUCAUCUGAAACACUAAAAUGCUAAAAAAGCUCCAUCAGGCAUUUUGCAGGAUGUUUGCGCUCUAUCUAAGGCUAGUUCCAUAUAUUACGUUUUACACCAGAAGUGGUCGUGGCCUUCGCUGAAGAAAAACCACGGGCAUGAGCCUGGGCUACCGGUGUGGAACGCAACAUGGAAAAUAAGUGUUACUAAGCCUGUUGUUUACGAGUGUCAGAGACGAGCUAUCAUUCAAGCAAUUCCUAUUUACAGGGCCACACACAUACCCAAUGAGUGAUCAAUCCUGUGUUAUCUGAACUAGGGCCCGGUCACAGAUACGCCAAGGAAUCAGAGGCAAACCUUCGCCUCUGUCAACGUGUUCGUUUAUCCCAAAUAUGAGAAGAGCCGGUCUGGUCUAAUUCAACAAGUAUUUAUUAAGAAGCAAUGAAAAGUUAACAGCAUAGCUAUGGGCACUCAUAACAGCAGAACGGACAGCGUUUGUAAUCUUUCACAACAAUCGGUAGAACAGGAUUGAUAAAUAACGAGGGGAAGUCCUCCUUGAUGGAACCAUUAUCCCGGGUUUGAAUCAGGGAAUGACGAGGAGCCGCACCUUCGACCGUUAGCUGGGAAAAUCUUCAUAUCAUGACAGUGCGAUUUUGUGUUUUGAGAAAAAGGUUUUGUGUCGGCUGAGGCCUUGUGAGUCUUCUGUAAACAUGCGCAAUCUAAAAAAAGUUAUACAUGAGAACAAGUUAAAGUGCAGUGUAUUGAAUGUCACAGAUUCAAAGUUACCACAACAGGCAUCAUCAGACAGGUGCAAGAUUGAACAGUGAUGUGACGCAUACAAAUUUUAACCAACUUCAAGAUUAACACCAAGGUUACUAAAAGUUAACGAUGUGAGGGCCACAUAUUCAGCCCAAACUGCCCCAGCCCCCGUAAGAGUACAGUUCCAUAAACAUCUUCACAGACACACACACACACAGGCAACGCCUCCCAUGAUAUUCCCUUUUAUAAUGGCCUUUGUGUGACUGUGCCUUAAAUCAAAACACUCUGGAGGACAGAGAAGGUUUUGGUGUUAAAAUGCUCUUUUCAAACGAACAGAGAGUAUCAUGGAUGUAGCCUGAGAUCUUCUUACACAAGGUCACAUCCUCACAUUCUCUGAGCUUUGGUUGAAAACCUCUUGAAAACGAAAUUAACUGGAUCUGUGCAAUGUUAGUAGAGCCGUUACUUUUACCUGCUGGUUUCCAGUGUUGAGAUUUGUGUGAUAUUGUAGUUUUCUAAGAUGUCUGCGUUUCAAUGAAUGGAAUACUGUGAUUGUAAUGGUCUAAUGUGAGACUGCUUUGUGUUUAACUUAUGAAAUGUGAUAUUAUAAUGUGAUGGUUUAUUUCUGAGGUGUUGCCUGUAAUAAAUGUAUUUAAAAAUC